GCCAGGCAGCACAGGCCAGGGCCAGGCAGCACAGGCCAGGCAGCACAGUCAGACAGCACAGGCCAGGGCAGCAUAGCCAGGCAGCACAGGCCAGGGCCAGACAGCACAGGUCAGGGCAGCACAGGCCAGACAGCACAGGGCAGCACAGGCAGCACAGGCCAGGGGCCAGGCAGCAUAGGCCAGGGGCAGUACAGGUCAGGCAGGGGCAGGCAGCACAGGUCAGCAGCACAGGUCAGGCAGCACAGGGCCAGACAGCACAGGCCAGACAGCACAGGUCAGGCAGGGCAGCACAGCCAGGCAGCACAGGCCAGGGCCAGGGCAGCACAGGGCCAGGACAGCACAGGGUCAGGGCAGCACAGGGCCAGGCAGCACAGGUCAGGCAGCACAGGUCAGGCAGCACAUCAGGCAGCACAGGUCAGACAGCACAGGUCAGGACAGCACAGGUCAGGCAGCACCAGGGUCAGACAGCACAGGUCAGGACAGCACAGGGCAGGCAGCACAGGGCCAGGGCAGCACAGGUCAGACAGCACAGGCCAGGACAGCACAGGUCAGGCAGCAGGCCAGACAGCACAGGGUCAGACAGCACAGGUCAGGCCAGACAGCACAGGUCAGACAGCACAGGUCAGGACAGCACAGGGUCAGACAGCAGGUCAGGCCAGGCAGCACAGGUCAGGACAGCACAGGUCAGACAGCACAGGCCAGACAGCACAGGCCAGGCCAGGCAGCACAGGGUCAGGCAGCACAGGUCAGACAGCACAGGCCAGGCAGCAUGGUGGCAGACAGCACAGGGCCAGGACAGCACAGGUCAGGCAGCAGGCCAGGCAGCACAGGGCAGGCAGCACAGGCCAGGGCAGCCAGGUCAGACAGCACAGGUCAGACAGCACAGGUCAGGACAGCACAGGGCCAGGCAGCACAGGCCAGGACAGCACAGGCCAGACAGCACAGGCCAGACAGCACAGGUCAGGCAGCACAGGCCAGACAGCACAGGCCAGGCAGCACAGGUCAGGGCCAGACAGCACAGGCAGACAGCAGGUCAGGGCCAGACAGCACAGGUCAGGCAGCACAGGUCAGGAGACAGCACAGGCCAGACAGCACAGGCCAGACAGCACAGGCAGGCAGCACAGGGUCAGACAGCACAGGCCAGGGCAGCACAGGCCAGGGCCAGACAGCAUAGGCCAGGGCAGCAGGUCAGACAGCACAGGCCAGACAGCACAGGCCAGGCAGCACAGGUCAGGCAGCACAGGCCAGGCAGCAGACAGGCCAGGCAGCACAGGGGUCCAGGCAGCACAGGCCAGGGCAGCACAGGCCAGGCAGCACAGGCCAGGCAGCACAGGCCAGGGCAGCACAGGUCAGACAGCACAGGGUCAGACAGCACAGGUCAGGCAGCACAGGGCCAGGGCAGCACAGGUCAGGCAGGGCAGCAGGGCCAGGCACAGGUCAGACAGCACAGGGUCAGGACAGCACAGGCCAGACAGCACAGGGUCCAGACAGCACAGGGCCAGGGGCAGCAGGGCACAGGUCAGGCAGCACAGGUCAGACAGCACAGGGUCAGACAGCACAGGCCAGGCAGCAGGCCAGGCCAGGCAGCACAGGUCAGGCCAGGGCAGCACAGGUCAGACAGCACAGGGUCAGCCAGGGCACAGGGCCAGGCCAGGGCACAGGGCCAGACAGCACAGGGUCAGGGCCAGACAGCACAGGCCAGACAGCACAGGCAGACAGCACAGGCCAGACAGCACAGGUCAGGGCCAGCAGCACAGGGUCAGACAGCACAGGGUCAGACAGGUCAGAUACAGGCCAGGCCAGGCAGCACAGGUCAGGCCAGGCAGACAGCACAGGCCAGACAGCACAGGCCAGGGCCAGGCCAGCAGCAGCAGGGCCAGGCAGACAGGCACAGGGCCAGCAGCAGGCCAGGGCAGCAGCAGGGUCAGGGCCAGGCAGCACAGGGGGUCAGGACAGCACAGGCAGACAGGGCCAGACAGCACAGGGGCCAGACAGCACAGGGCCAGGCAGGGUCAGGCAGGCCAGACAGCACAGGCCAGGGCAGACAGCAGGCCAGCAGGGUCAGGGCCAGGCAGCACAGGUCCAGACAGCACAGGUCAGGCAGCACAGGCCAGGGCAGCAGCAGGCCAGACAGCACAGGGCCAGGCAGCACAGGCAGGCAGCACAGGGUCAGGGCCACAGCACAGGCCAGAUAGCAGCACAGGCCAGACAGCACAGGCCAGACAGCACAGGUCAGGCAGCACAGGGCAGGGCAGACAGCACAGGUCAGGCAGCACAGGCCAGGCACAGGCCAGGGCAGCACAGGCCAGACAGCACAGGUCAGCACAGGGCCAGGGCCAGCAGGGCCAGGCAGCACAGGCCAGGCAGCACAGGGCCAGGCAGCACAGGCCAGGCAGCACAGGUCAGGCAGCACAGGCCAGGGCAGCACAGGCCAGGCCAGGCAGCACAGGCCAGGCAGCACAGGGCCAGGGCAGCAGGUCAGGCAGCAGGUCAGACAGCACAGGCCAGACAGCACAGGGCCAGGACAGCACAGGCCAGGCAGCACAGGUCAGGGCAGCACAGGUCAGACAGCACAGGGCCAGACAGCACAGGGCAGGCAGCACAGGGUCAGACAGCACAGGGGCAGACAGCACAGGCCAGGCCAGACAGCACAGGUCAGACAGCACAGGGCAGGACAGGUCAGACAGCACAGGCCAGGCAGCACAGGUCAGGGCCAGGCAGCACAGGUCAGGGCCAGGCAGCACAGGGCAGACAGCAGGCCAGGGCCAGGCAGCACAGGCAGGCCAGGGCAGCACAGGCCAGACAGCACAGGCCAGGGCCAGACAGCACAGGCCAGGCACAGGCCAGACAGCACAGGACAGCACAGGCCAGGCCAGGCAGCACAGGCCAGACAGCACAGGUCAGACAGCACAGGCCAGGCCAGGCAGCACAGGCCAGGGCCAGGCAGCACAGGGCCAGACAGCACAGGCCAGGCAGCACAGGGCAGGGCCAGGCAGCAGGUCAGGCAGCACAGGUCAGGCCAGGCAGCACAGGUCAGGCAGCACAGGCCAGGCCAGGCAGCACAGGCCAGGCAGGCAGCAGGGCCAGGACAGCACAGGCCAGGGCCAGACAGCACAGGCCAGACAGCACAGGCCAGGCCAGCAGCACAGGCCAGACAGCACAGGGCCAGACAGCACAGGUCAGGCAGCACAGGUCAGGGCCAGGGCAGCAGGCCAGGCCAGCAGCACAGGUCAGGCAGCACAGGUCAGACAGCACAGGCCAGGACAGCACAGGGUCAGACAGCACAGGCCAGGGCAGCACAGGCCAGGCAGCACAGGCCAGGGCCAGGCAGCACAGGCCAGGCAGCACAGGCCAGGCAGCACAGGCCAGGCAGCACAGGCCAGGCAGCACAGGCCAGGGCCAGACAGCACAGGCCAGGCAGCACAGGCCAGGCAGCAGGCCAGGCAGCACAGGUCAGGCAGCACAGGGCCAGGACAGCACAGGGUCAGGGCAGCAGGCCAGGCAGCACAGGCCAGGCAGCACAGGCCAGGGCAGGGUCAGGCAGGCCAGGGCACAGGUCAGGACAGCACAGGCCAGACAGCACAGGCCAGGGCAGCACAGGCCAGGCAGCACAGGCCAGGCAGCACAGGCAGGCAGCACAGGCCAGACAGCAGGCCAGGCAGCACAGGCAGACAGCACAGGGUCAGACAGCACAGGCCAGACAGCACAGGCAGGCAGCACAGGCCAGGGCCAGGCAGCACAGGCCAGGCAGCACAGGUCAGACAGCACAGGUCAGACAGCACAGGCCAGGGCAGCAGCAGGUCAGGCAGCACAGGCAGGACAGGCACAGGUCAGACAGCACAGGCCAGGGCAGCACAGGCAGGACAGCACAGGUCAGACAGCACAGGGCCAGGCAGCAGGGCAGGGCCAGGCAGCACAGGCCAGGCAGCAGGUCAGGCAGCAGGUCAGACAGCACAGGGUCAGACAGCACAGGGCCAGGCAGCACAGGCCAGGGCAGCACAGGCAGACAGCACAGGUCAGGCAGCACAGGGUCAGACAGCACAGGCAGACAGCACAGGUAGGCACAGGCCAGGCAGCACAGGCCAGGCAGCACAGCACAGGCCAGACAGCACAGGGUCAGACAGCACAGGGUCAGACAGCACAGGCCAGGCAGCACAGGGCCAGGGCCAGGCAGCACAGGUCAGGCAGCAUAGGUCAGGGCCAGGCAGCACAGGUCAGGCAGCACAGGCCAGGGCAGGCAGCAGCAGGUCAGACAGCACAGGCCAGGGCCAGGCAGCACAGGCAGGCAGCACAGGUCAGACAGCACAGGGCCAGGCCAGGGCAGCACAGGUCAGGGGCACAGGUCAGACAGCACAGGCCAGACAGCACAGGCCAGGCAGCCAGGCAGGCAGCAGGCCAGGCAGCACAGGGCCAGACAGCACAGGCCAGGCAGCACAGGGCCAGACAGCACAGGGCAGACAGCACAGGUCAGACAGCACAGGUCAGGCAGCACAGGCAGGGCAGCACAGGGUCAGGGCCAGGUCAGACAGCACAGGCCAGACAGCACAGGGCCAGACAGCACAGGUCAGACAGCACAGGUCAGGGCAGCAGCAGGUCAGGACAGCAGGGCAGACAGCACAGGUCAGGCAGCACAGGUCAGGCAGCACAGGGCAGGGCACAGGCAGCACAGGGCCAGACAGCACAGGGCCAGACAGCACAGGGUCAGGCCAGGGCCAGACAGCACAGGGACAGCACAGGUCAGACAGCACAGGUCAGACAGCACAGGCCAGGCCAGACAGCACAGGGUCAGACAGCACAGGGGCCAGGCAGCAGCAGGCCAGGGCCAGGCAGCACAGGGCCAGACAGGGGUCAGGGCCAGACAGCACAGGCCAGGCACAGGCCAGACAGCACAGGCCAGACAGCACAGGCCAGGGCAGCACAGGCCAGAUAGCACAGGGCCAGACAGCACAGGGCAGACAGCACAGGGCCAGGCAGCACAGGGCCAGGCAGCAGACAGCACAGGGCCAGGGCAGCACAGGCCAGGCAGAGGGCCAGGCAGCACAGGUCAGACAGCAGGCCAGGGCCAGACAGCACAGGCCAGACAGCACAGGCCAGGAGGCCAGACAGCAGGUCAGGGCCAGGCAGCACAGGUCAGGCAGCACAGGCCAGACAGCACAGGCCAGGGCAGCACAGGGCCAGGGGCCAGAUAGCACAGGUCAGGGCAGCACAGGCCAGGCAGCACAGGUCAGGGCACAGGGUCAGGACAGCACAGGCCAGGCAGCACAGGGUCAGGCACAGGGCACAGGCCAGAUAGCACAGGGCCAGACAGCACAGGCCAGGGCACAGGCCAGGCAGACAGGUCAGGGCAGCACAGGUCAGGCCAGACAGCACAGGGCAGGGCCAGACAGCACAGGCCAGGGCCAGGCAGCACAGGCCAGACAGCACAGGCACAGGCCAGGCAGCACAGGCCAGGCAGCACAGGCAGGCCAGACAGCACAGGCCAGGGCCACAGCACAGGUCAGGCAGCACAGGCCAGACAGCACAGGGCAGGCAGCACAGGUCAGGGCCAGACAGCACAGGGGCCAGGCAGCACAGGCCAGGGCCAGGCAGCACAGGUCAGACAGCACAGGUCAGGCCAGGCAGCACAGGCAGGGCCAGACAGCAGGCAGGCACAGGUCAGACAGCACAGGCCAGGGCCACAGCACAGGGUCAGACAGCACAGGGCCAGACAGCACAGGCCAGGCAGCCAGGUCAGACAGCACAGGCCAGGCAGCACAGGGUCAGGCAGCACAGGCCAGGCAGCACAGGCCAGCACAGGUCAGGCAGCACAGGUCAGACAGCACAGGCCAGACAGCAGACAGCACAGGGCCAGGUCAGCAGCACAGGUCAGACAGCAGGUCAGACAGCACAGGCCAGGCAGCACAGGUCAGACCAGCACAGGAGGCCAGGCAGCACAGGCCAGGCAGCACAGGUCAGGCCAGACAGCACAGGCCAGACAGCACAGGGCCAGACAGCAUAGGUCAGGCAGCAGGCCAGGGGCACAGGGCCAGAGGCAGCACAGGACAGCACAGGUCAGGGCAGCACAGGCCAGGCAGCACAGGUCAGGGCCACAGCACAGGGGCCAGACAGCACAGGCCAGACAGCAUAGGCACAGGGCCAGAUAGCACAGGCCAGGGCCAGACAGGGUCAGACAGCAGGUCAGGCAGCACAGGGCCAGGGCACAGGCCAGGGCAGGCAGCACAGGCCAGGCAGGGUCAGGACAGCACAGGUCAGACAGCACAGGCCAGGGCCAGGGCAGCACAGGGCCAGGGCCAGACAGCACAGGUCAGACAGCACAGGGCCAGACAGCACAGGCCAGGCAGCAGGGCAGGCCAGGACAGCACAGGGCCAGGCAGCACAGGGGCAGACAGCACAGGACAGGCAGCACAGGGCCAGACAGCACAGGCCAGGCAGCACAGGCCAGGCAGCACAGGCCAGGGCCAGACAGCACAGGUCAGACAGCACAGGGCCAGGCAGCACAGGUCAGGCAGCACAGGUCAGGCCAGGUCAGACAGCACAGGGCCAGACAGCACAGGGUCAGACAGCACAGGGUCAGGACAGCACAGGGCCAGGACAGCACAGGGCCAGACAGCACAGCAGAGCAGCAGUCAGGCCAGACAGCACAGGCCAGACAGCACAGGGGCCAGACAGCACAGGCCAGGCAGCACAGGUCAGACAGCACAGGUCAGACAGCACAGGUCAGACAGCACAGGUCAGGCAGCACAGGUCAGGCAGCACAGGCAGACAGCACAGGACAGACAGCACAGGCCAGGGGACAGCACAGGUCAGGACAGCACAGGGCCAGACAGCACAGGGUCAGGCAGCACAGGCCAGGCCAGACAGCACAGGGCCAGACAGCACAGGGUCAGACAGCCAGGCAGCAGGCCAGACAGCACAGGCCAGGCAGACAGGGCCAGACAGCACAGGUCAGACAGCACAGGGUCAGACAGCACAGGUCAGGCAGCACAGGCCAGGGGGUCAGACAGCACAGGCCAGGGCCAGGGCAGCACAGGUCAGGCAGCACAGGCAGGCAGCACAGGGCCAGACAGCACAGGGCCAGAUAGCACAGCACAGUCAGGGUCCGGCAGCACAGGUCAGGGCCAGGCAGCACAGGCCAGGCAGCAGCACAGGCCAGGCAGCAGGUCAGGCCAGGCAGCACAGGGCCAGGCAGCACAGGUCAGACAGCACAGGGCCAGACAGCACAGGGUCAGGACAGCAGGGCCAGGCAGCACAGGGGCCAGACAGCACAGGCCAGGCAGCACAGGUCAGGCAGCACAGGGCAGACAGCACAGGCCAGACAGCACAGGUCAGGCCAGGGCAGCACAGGUCAGACAGCACAGGUCAGGGCAGCAGGCCAGGCCAGGCAGAACAGGGCCAGACAGCAGGUCAGACAGCACAGGGCCAGACAGCACAGGCCAGGGCAGCACAGGCAGGCAGCACAGGGCCAGACAGCACAGGCCAGACAGCACAGGUCAGACAGCACAGGGUCAGACAGCACAGGCCAGGGCAGCACAGGCCAGGGCAGCACAGGUCAGACCAGCAGCAGGCUUCAGGCAGCACAGGGCCAGGCAGCAGCAGGUCAGACAGCAGGUCAGACAGCACAGGGCCAGGCCAGGCCAGACACAGGGUCAGACAGCACAGGUCAGACAGCACAGGCAGCAGGUCAGACAGCACAGGUCAGGCAGCACAGGUCAGGCCAGACAGCCAGACAGGUCAGGGCCAGACAGCACAGGGUCAGGCCAGCACAGGGCCAGACAGGGCAGGACAGCACAGGUCAGACAGCACAGGCCAGGCAGCACAGGGUCAGACAGCACAGGUCAGGCAGCACAGGGCCAGGCAGCAGCAGGCCAGGGGCAGCACAGGGCCAGACAGCACAGGCCAGGCAGCAUAGGUCAGACAGCACAGGGUCAGGGCCAGGCAGCACAGGUCAGGACAGCACAGGGGUCAGACAGCACAGGGUCAGACAGCACAGGGCAGACAGCACAGGCCAGGGCAGCACAGGGUCAGACAGCACAGGGUCAGACAGCACAGGGCCAGACAGCACAGGUCAGACAGCACAGGGCGGCGACAGCACAGGCCAGACAGCACAGGCCAGGCAGGACAGGGCCAGACAGCAUACGGCCAGGACAGCACAGGCCAGGCAGCACAGGUCAGGACAGCACAGGGUCAGGACAGCACAGGGUCAGGCAGCAGGGUCAGACAGCACAGGCCAGGCAGCAGGCAGGGCCAGACAGCACAGGUCAGGCAGCACAGGGCCAGACAGCACAGGCCAGGCAGCACAGGGUCAGGACAGCACAGGGUCAGACAGCACAGGCCAGACAGCACAGGGCCAGGGCAGCACAGGGUCAGGGCCAGACAGCACAGGUCAGGGGUCAGGCAGCACAGGCCAGGGGUCAGCACAGGGUCAGACAGCACAGGCCAGGCAGGCACAGGUCAGCCAGGCAGCACAGGCCAGACAGCAGCAGACAGCACAGGCCAGGCAGCACAGGUCAGGCAGUACAGCACAGGCCAGACAGCACAGGUCAGGCAGCAGGCAGACAGCAGGCCAGGCAGCAGGCAGGCCAGGCCAGCAGCAGGCCAGGGCAGGCAGGGCCAGGCAGCACAGGCCAGGCAGCAGACAGGUCAGGCAGCACAGGCGUCAGACAGCACAGGGCUCAGGGCAGCAGGGGUCAGGCCGACAGCACAGGUCAGACAGCAUACGGUCAGACAGCAGGGCCAGGCAGCAUAGGCCGGGCAGCACAGGCCGAAGCCAGGCAGCACAGGUCAGAGCAGCACAGGUCAGGCAGCACAGGCCAGACAGCACAG